AUGGCUGCGAUGGGUAGUGGACGGGGGAUGAUGGAUUCCCAAAAUCAAGUUCAAAGUGAUAAUGUAGAUCGUUUAAAAUUGCUUUAUCCAAAUGUGAACGAAGAUGAGACACCACUGCCAAGAUCAUGGAGCACAAAAGAUAAAUUUAGUUACAUCGGGCUGUCGCAAAAUAAUCUACGAGUACACUACAAAGGCGCUAGAAGCCAGCAUCAGUCAAACAAAGAAAUCAGCUGA